GAAGUAUAAAAUUUAGCUUAGGGUUUUAUCUAUUAUAUAUAUAAUAAAGGAUAGAAGAAAAAAAUCACAAAAUCUUAGCAUUUAACUUCCUUCAUUGUCAUUCACAAAUUAAAUAGAAAGACACGUUAUUCCAAUGAAUUAAAUUUACAAUUUCAUCAUUUACUUACCAAGUUCUUUAGUAUUUAGAAUUGAUAUGACAGUUUGACAAAUUCUAAGAUUACUUGCGUUAUAGCUAAAAAAAAGUUAAUGAAUUUUGUCUUGACAUUGACUUCAGUUAGUCCUUAUAGAAAGUUUGCCCAUUAGACAUGAAUAUGAAUUGGAAGUUGACUGUAUUUCUUUUAUUUAGUUCAUCACUUAUCAAUGGUCUGGAUGCAUCAACAGACAAGCUUUUUGUAUGUUAUUACACUGCAACUGGAUAUUUUCCUGCAACUCAAGUGCCUGCUGAUCUAUGUAGCCACAUCAUUUAUUCUUAUGGGAAUGUUAGUCCUGAUGGAAUCAAGCCAAAGAAAUCAGAAGAUGUUCAAAAUUAUAAGACAAUACUUAACUUGAAACAGACCAAUCCAAACUUAAAAGUUCUAUUAUCUUUGCAAUUUGGUUUUGAAUCAGUCGUGCGUGCAGGCAGUGACAUUAUGACAGACUUUACUAAGAAAGCUGUAGUGUUUCUGCAGAACUAUGGUUUUGAUGGUGUAGAUUUAGACUGGGAGUUUCCUAAAGCAAGUGAUAAAGAAAACUAUCAACAAUUUAUAAAGAUAUUCAAGUCAGAGGUUGCCAAAGUAAACAUGCUGUUGUCGAUGGCAUUGCCUAACAGCCCAUUUUAUUUUAAAGGUUUUGAUGCUAAUACUUUGACAAGCUAUGUAGACUUUAUGACAGCCAUGACUUAUGAUCUGCAUAUGUUUAAAAGAAACAUAGACAAUUCUACAGGAUACAACAGCCCAUUGUUCACUCCCAAAGGAGAUGGAAAGUAUUAUUCCACUAGUGCUGUUAUUAAUUUUUAUCUGACUCAGAAUAUAACUGCAAGCAAACUUUUAGUUGGUAUACCUACCUUUGGUCGAUCAUGGACAUUGGCUGAUCCAUCAAAACAUGAUUUGCAUUCUCCUGCUGUAGAUAAGGGUAGUCCAGGACCAUACAGACAUUUUCGGGGUGUAUAUCUCUAUCCUGAUGCUUGUGUGGCAAAAACUCAGGGUGCUACUACUGUUGCUGAUGAUGUUAAUGUUGCUGCCUACUUGUAUUUUAAUACUACUUGGGUAUCUUAUGACAAUAUAUGGACAAUACAACAGAAGGUAGCAUGGAUGAAAUCCCAGAAUUUAGGAGGUGUUGGAGUUUGGGCAUUACAUUUGGAUGACAACAGUCAAGUUUGUGGUCAGGGAUUUCUACCACUACUGAGUACCAUAAAGUCUAAUUUGUAAUGUGUAUUAAUGUGUCUCAGCCAAAUCUAAUUAGCUACACACAUUUUAGGUCAAACUGAUACAUUUGUAAUUCAGAAUAUAUCACCAUGUCUUUUGUUUUUACAAAGCUUAUAUCAACUCAUUCUCUCUGUCUGGUAAAAGGUUUGCACACAUUAUUUUUCGUACACCCAAUCUCAGAUCAAGCUUAAAUUUUGCAAAAUUAUUUAUUUUACCUGACAACACAAGAAUCAGUUUUAAAAAAUUAACUAUUGGUAAUUAAUUAUUUUGUUUAGUAUCUCCAACAAGGGAAAGAAAUUAUACUUGACUAAAGUGGUGGUAUAAGCUGAAGUAGUUUUCUUUAAAGGUAGCCGCUCAAAAUUGAAAUAGACAAUAUGACUAUACAAACUUCUCUAGUCAUAAGUACCUCACUAGCACAUCGGCCUGAGGUGGUGUGAGCCACAAAUUCAAAUUCAGAACAUUUCUUUUUUUUUUUUUUGUAAAUGCUUUAGAAAAUCUGUUAUGUUAAAAUCCACCCAGAUAUCCUUUUCUUUUUUUCUUCUCCCCAACCCCUCUUCCCAUUUUCCCAACUGGUCCAGAUAAGUGAUAGGAUCAUAGUGUAUUGAGAAAACUUAAAGCAUGAAAUAGCGCUAAACUAAAACAGUUGAUAAAAAUAUUAUUAAUCUGGCAGAUUUACUGUUUUUGUUCUAGAUCUAUUACAAAUUUAAUUACAUGACUGAUCCAAACUAAUUGAUACAAUUACACUUCAUAUAAACUUUGUUUUUUUAUUUUUAAAAAGUAUUUUUUAGGUUUUUCUUGUUUACAAUGUCUGUUUAGGGGUUGUAACAGAUACAAUUCUUAUUAUUAUCUAUGAACAUAUUUUAAAAAAAGUUUAUUUGCUAGAUAAUAUUACAUUCAGUGAAACCUCAAUUUCACACUUAAGUUCCCAUAUACUUACCUUAUUUAUUUUAGUUUUUUUUAAAAAUAACAUAUCUAUGUUAUUAUUUUUAUCCACCUUUAUUCAAUUGGAACAACAAGUAUUUUUUUCCAAAUCUCACAUGGAAUUAAAAAAAAGGGUUAUUUAAUUCAAGUUAGCAAUAUUUUUCCUUUAUUGUUGAACAUGUGAAUAUUUUCUCUUCUUUGCGUGCUUAUGCUUGUCAUAAACAGAAAAAAAUUCUCAUUCAGUAAGUGCAAUUUACACUAACAUGUAUCUGUUGUGAUAUUUUCAGCAUCUGUCAAUUUGUCCAUUAGUCAUGUUUAGAUAUCAAAAACUAAAAUUAUUAUUAUCUAAUUAUUAUCUAAUUUCAUCCAAAUUUGUAGCAUGCUCUUUAUUCGAUCUUCUGAAAGCAAAUUCUGUUUUUUUAAUUAAAUAUACAAACCAUUUUUUAUUCAGAAAUAGGCCUACACCAAUUUAAUAAAAAUAAUACUUAAAAAAGACAUAUAUUAAAUGAUAGACAUGUAGACCAAAAGAGAAAACUAUAAUGCUUAUUAACAUUACAAAUAUAAUUUUCUUAAUUGUCAAAAUAAUAGUACAAAAAUUAAAUAAUAAUACUUAUUUCUUUGUUUUCUGGUGUGCUAUACUAAUUGUUUACCAAAAAUGUUUGUUUUUUUUGCUUUAAAAAACUGAAAAGUACAUUUUAUACACAUAUUUAUAUAAAUUUACUUGGCAAAGAUUUUUGCUAAUGUAUAAUAAUCACAUGUUCACUCUGUACUAGUGUUGUCAUCCAUUAGCCCACUCUUUGUUUACAUAUCAGAAAUCAUGCAGUGCUUACAGAAAAUCAUGCAUUUUGAAAACAGACAGGCAGACCUUGUGGAUUUUGUUUGACUUUGUUUAACCCAGCUAAGCUCUUUAUAUUAAUAAUUACUUCUAAAAUAGAUCAAUAUUUACAUAUUCAUCAGUAAAAAUAAGCAAAAGCGCUGUUGUAAUCAAAUUUCUAAUUCUAUUCAUGGUACUAAAAAUACCAAAACCUUCGUUUUUAUAUGAGGUCACCUAUGAUUUUUGUGUCAAAUUACAAACCAGAUUUGUUGUAUUGUUUUUACAUAAUUGCUUGAAUUUUUUUAAAAUUUCAUAUCAACUCACGCCAUAUGUCUGAUACAAAUUUUGAACACUUCCCAUUUUCAGAGGAAAUUGAAACAAUUGAUUAAUUAUUUGUUGUCAAAGACAACACAUGAAUAAAUAAAAAAAUUAACCAAAUAGUUAAAUAAAUAGUGAUAAUUAAUAAAUUUUAUUUGAUAUUGAAAAAGGGGAAAUAAUUCUUACAGUAUUGACAGAUUUAUAAAAUGAAUGUAUGGUUCAGUUGUUGUUUUUUUUAAUAACUUACUGCCACAAAAGCCAAAGAGUUAAAUUAAGUCUAAAUACGUUUAAGUCAUUUCAUGCUUAACUGAACAAGGCAUACCUGCUUAAUCUCCUUGGCACAUGUACUAUGAAUGGUAAAUCUGUUUCAAUCUGUCACAUUCUGAUAGAGCCAAAAAGUAUAAUUAACCAUGUGUUCUUAACAGUGAUAUUUAAACAUUGUCCACCUGGACUUGUUGACAUUACUUCUAGAUAUCAUAAAUGUCCAAAACUAGCAAAAAAAAUUUUUAAAGCUUCUGUUCAACUUAGAAACAUAAUCUCUUGCAUUUUUUUAAAUUUUAAAUAAAAUAUUUAAAAUUAACUAUUUUAUUCUGUCUAUUUUUAGUAAUGUUGACACCAAAGUUGACAAAUAAAGAAUAUACAUUUUUUGUCUAAUGAUUUUUUUCUAAACUUACAAGGUGUCUUAAUAUACAAAAUUGUUUCAGCUUUUCACAAUGAUUUUUAUAAAUUUAUUUUACAAAAUAUGUGAAUUUAUUCAAGUGGAUUUUUUUCCCUAAAAAAAGUCUUUUGACAAAUUGAUAUAUUUUUUUAAACUAAGUGCUUUUUUAAUGAAUGAAAGAUCACAUUCUUUUUGAUAUUUUUGGUAUUAAUCUAAUUGUUAAUUUUUGUUUUACAUAAUUUUCAGUAAUUGUUACUUUGUUUAAAUACUGAUAUUUUAUUUUUUAUGUCAUUCAUUCUAGUUGUACAUUAAUUAUGAUGAUUUGCUUAUUACAGAAUCUACUGCACCAUUUUAAGAGUUGUACUAAAAUGCUCUUAAAGCACAUUCCUGUUAAAAUGAUUUCACUUCAUCAAAAGCUAAUAAUAAAACACACUAAAUGUAAAA